AUGCCGGUUUCAUUUUCUCCCCGCGUUACUGGGGCCACCCGCACGUUGCGCCCCCAAUUUCUUUCUGCGUCCAGAUCCGUCGCGCCGGCUGUCGUACGAUUCAGAAGAUGCGCCUCGUCUGCUGCCACCGCCCAAACGCCAACUGACAAUGAGGCUCUCCUGUCGACCUCGCGCAGCACUGGUGAGCCGCGCACUGCAUUGAGUCGCGAGCAAAAGGCGUACCUUGAUAGCGCUCUGCGCGUCAACCAGGCAGGCGAGCUGGCUGCCGUUCUCAUAUACCUCUCGCAAACCCCGCCUAUCACCAAGGCCCACCCAAAGCUCCGCCCGCUGAUGAAACACAUGCUCGAGCAGGAGGAGGGUCACUUCCACAAGUUCAACCACCUCAUUGCCAAGCAUCGUAUAAGGCCAACCGCCAUGUAUCCGGUAUGGAAGGCCGCAGCAACAGUGCUGGGAUGGGGGACCGGUGUUAUGGGCCGUGAAGCUGCCAUGGCCUGUACCGAGGCAGUGGAGACGGAAAUUGGCUCGCAUUACAACGAGCAAGUCGCCAAGCUGCUUGAAUGGGAGAAACAGUUAAGCGCGAAAGGCGAACAGCUGAGUCCAGAUUUGCAGGUGCUUCUGCAGGAUUUGCGCCGUAUUCGUGAUGAGGAGUUGGAGCAUCUGGACCACGCCGUCGAGAAUGACGCAAAGGAAGCCCGGCCAUACGAGCUUCUCACCAACGUUAUCCGUGGGGGAUGCAGGGCUGCUAUCUGGGUGUCAGAGCGUGUCUGA